AUGUUAAGUGUCAGUAACGAGGUGGCAGGUGCAAUGUAUGCGUUUCCAAGAAUAACACUUUCAGAGAAAGCUAUCGAGGCAGCUAAGGUAUAAUGUCCUGUUUCCGGCCCUGAUUUCUACACAAAUGUCCAGUGCUGGCCACAAGAUCCCUACUUUCCUUUUUCAUCCUUAGUUCCACACUAAUCAGAGGUGUGGAAGUGUGGAAAAGUCUGACAAAGUAAGGAUAUUGUCGCACUUUUCCCCCAGUCAUGAACCCUUUGUCAUUCUUUACUUAGUUCUACACUUCUCAGAGGUGUGGAAGUGUGGAAAAGUCUGACAAAGUGAGGAUAUUGUCGCACUUUUCCCCCAGUCAUGAACCCUUUGUCAUUCUUUACUUAGUUCUACACUUCUCAGAGGUGUGGAAGUGUGGAAUAGUCCUACAAAGUAAGGAUAUUGUCGCACUUUUCCCCCAGUCAUGAACCCUUUGUCAUUCUUUACUUAGUUCCACACUUCCCAGAAGUGUGGAAGUGUGGAGUAGUCUGGCAAAGUAAGGAUAUAGUCGCAAGUAAUGUAGACAUAUUUUUUGAGUUUACUGACUUGUUUCUAUUGUCAUUGUUAUUUAGGCCAGACGAGUUUUACUGUUGGCAGGCGCUGGAGAAAACUGGAAUUUACAUGAUUCCUGGCCACGUUUUUGAUAUGAAAGGCAGCGGUAACAACUUUUACUACAGGUAAGAUUUGAAUUAACAAGGGCCAUCAACUUCAGGUCUGAAUGUUGAUGAUUUUAAAAACCUCUCUGUGAUAUCAUUUGCGCCCUUGUGUCACAAGGUUUUUACAGGCUUGUCUAAUAUAUUUAGAUUGAUUAGGUUGACUGCACCUUUAAAUUUGGAAAGACCGCUCUCCCUAACCUCCCCCCCCCCUUCCCACCACCAACACCACCAACAACAACAACAAACAAUAACGGAUCAUUAUAGGUUUCUGGGAAACUGCCCACCUACCCCUCCCCUAAGCCAUCAUUUUGCCCCAAGUGAGAAGUAAGUGUUGAUGGUGGCUUAGGGGAGGGGUAAGUGGUCAGUUUCCCACAAAUGAUCCAAAAUAAACAGGCAAAGAAUAGAACCGAAAAGGUCGUUGACAAAAAUCCCAUAGUACAUUGUAAAUUAAUUACCAAUGUUUCCUUUUUUGCUCCGGUAACCAAUCAGAACACAUUACUCUCCACAUCUUGUACGUUCGCGGAACCACCCAUCUAACUAGUUAUAAUCAUUGAGUAUGGAUCCGCGUUCGUUGUAUUCUACUAGCAUGAUAUCUGCACAAAAACGAGACUAAAGGAAAUGAGAACGAGUCCAAAGGAGUCCAGUUUCCUGCGGCCGAGAUGCCCUCGAUAAAAUUAAUAGGGGCGGCUAAUCGGCAGUCGCCCGUGAUAACUCGAAAAAUUCUGCCUUUGUACCACAGGAACACCAAGUUAGGAUGCGUUCUGACGAACGCAAUAAGGGCAUACACAGAUUGCCCAUAGCCGGGGGAGGGUGAUAGGGGCUUAGUGGAGCGCCUGCAACUGGAAUAAAAUUGGUGUUUACAAAUAAAAGGGCUUACAACCGGGAUUACACGUUAUGGACCAGAGCUUAAAUUUACGUAGGAAAAGAGAUCUGUAAGGCGUCCUAAAAGCGACUUGUCUGUAAAAGCGACGUUCUGUCAGCGUGUGAAAAUCUGAUGAAAUUGGACCAUGGCCACGUUUUAUCUCCACAUUAUGGGUUAAAAUAAUCCAAAACGUUUUGAUUUUUCAGACCCACUAUCCAUACGAAGGAAAUAACUUAAAACGGUUUCAUGUUUUAAUCUUUCUUGGUAGGAUCACUAUUCUUCCUUCUGAAGAGACGUUUGCUCCAAUGUUUGAGCGACUAAGAACCUUUCACCAAGAAUUCAUGGCGCAGUUUAAGGACACGAACUGA